AUGGAAUUUAACCGACCUGCAAAUUUAAAACUGACUGGUAAUUUAAAUGACAACUUUAAAAUAUUUAAACAAGAAGUUGAAGUUUAUUUUAUGGCUACUGAGACAAACAGUAAGAGUCAGGAGGUUCAAGUGGCAAGAUUACUCAAUUUAUUAGGACCAGAUGGCUUAAAGUUGUACAACACAUUUAAGAUUGAUGUUGUGACUGUAGACAAUAUUUUCAAGUCGUUAGAAGAAUAUUGUGUCCCAAGGAAAAAUGAAGUGAUGGAGCACUACAAAUAUUUUACUCGAAAACAGGCAGAAGGUGAACCAUUUGAUAAAUUCUACGCAGAUUUGCGUGAAUUAAUUAAAUCAUGUUCGUUUGGUGAAUCAGAAGAAGCACUAUUGCGUACACAAGUAGUUCUGGGAAUAAACGAUAAAGAUUUGCAGUCUAAACUAUUACGUGAAGACUUACCGUUGUUAAAAGUCAUUAAAUAUUGCCAAGUGGUAGAACAAGCGGAAGCAAAUUGUCGACUAGUACAAAAAGAAAAUUUAACUGUGGAUCAAGUGGAGAAAAGCAAAAACUGGCGUUUCAAAUCUAAGGAGGCAAGUAAAUCAAAUCAUCAACAAAAUGCAACAAAGAAAUAUGAAAAGGGAAAUUACAGCGAAUCAAAUCAAGGCAAGUCUAACAGUGCUGAUUACAAAGAUCAAAGUGUGGGUAAGAAUAACCAAAAAAUAUUUAAUUGUUUUAAAUGUGGUAAUCAACAUGCUAUAAACAAAUGUCCUGCAUUUGGAAAAAAUUGUAAAGCAUGUGGUAAACUAAAUCAUUUUGCUGUAAAGUGUAAAUCUAAAGAAAAAUAUAAUAAUUAUCAAGUGAAUGAGGUACAUCAAAAUGAUGAAAAGGAAGUAACAUAUUUAUCAUUAAACACAGUUGAGACUGAGAAAUGUAAAAAUUGGACUGAUAUAGUGGAUAUAAAUAAUAUUAAGAUGGUGAUUAAAAUAGAUACUGGAGCACAAUUAAAUGUAAUGCCAUUAAAUGAGUUUAAAAAAUUAAAUACUAAAUUGGAAAAGAGUAAGGUGAUAAUUAAGGCGUUCGGAGGUUUUCAAAUUAAGUCAUUAGGUAAGAUUAAAGUCUGUAUUAGUAACAAUAAAAAUAAAAUAAUAACAUACUUUGAGGUGGUAGAGUAUGAUGAGUUACCAAUUCUUGGGUUAAAUGAUAGUAUAAGACUAAGUUAUAGCAUGAAUGAAAUAAAUGAAAUUGUCAAAGGAGAUAACGAGAAAGAUAUUUUUGUGCAAAAAAAUAUUGAUAUUUUUACAGGUCUUGGUAAAUUUCCAGAAAAAAUAAAUAUUAAACUAAAGAAUAAUGCAGUUCCUAUAUCUGUUCCGCCUAGAAGAGUUCCUUAUAAAAUUAUAAAUAAUUUAAAAGAAGCUUUAGAUAAUAUGGCUAAACAACAAGUAAUAAUAAAAUGUAAUAAACCGAGUGAGUGGCAGAGCCCGAUAAUAGUUGUCGAAAAACCUGAUAAAAGUCUAAGAAUUUGUUUAGACCCUAGAGAGAUCAAUAAAAGCAUUGUAAGAGAAAUGUAUCAAAUACCCACGUUAGAACAAAUCAAAUUAAAAUUAUCAAAUAAAAAUAUUUUCACAGUAUUAGAUCUUAAAGACGGAUUUUAUCAUUGUGAGCUUGAUGAAGAAUCUCAACAGUUAUGUUGUUUUAGUACACCUUUUGGAUGCUAUAAAUUUUUAAGAUUACCUUUUGGACUGUCAGCAGCUCCAGAAAAAUUUCAAGAAAUUACUACUAAAUACUUUGGUAAUAUAGAAAAUGUAAAUGUUUACUUUGACGACAUACUGAUAGCUGGAGAAACACUAGAGGAGCAUGACAGGGCAUUAAAUGAAGUAAUAAAAAGAGCUAAACAAUUUAACAUUAAGUUUAAUCCUAAAAAAAUACAAUACAAGGUUUCUAAAGUUAAAUUUUUGGGAUUUAUAUUUAGUGCUGAAGGUGUUCAACCAGAUAGUGAAAGAAUAAGAGUUAUUAGAGAAUUGAAUGAACCGUCAAAUAAAAAAGAGUUGCAAUCUUUUCUAGGUAUGGUAAAUUACUUAAGAGGCUUUAUUCCUAAUCUUUCAGAAAUAGUGACACCAUUUAGACUCCUAUUAAAAAAAAAUGUUUUAUGGGAAUGGUCAAUAAAUCAAAGUACAGCUUUUGUGAAAAUUAAAAAUAUUCUAUGUGAAAUUCCUAGUUUAAAUAAUUUCAGUCUAAAUGAAACAUUUGAAAUACAAACCGAUGCUUCGGAAAAAGCAAUAGGAUGCUGUAUAUUCCAAAAUAAAAAACCUGUCCAUUAUGCAUCUAGGUGUUUAAGUGAUUCUGAAAUAAACUUUGCACAGGUAGAAAAGGAAAUGCUUGCUAUAGUGUUCGCAUGUACCAAAUUUCAUUAUUUAAUAUAUGGGCAAAAACAAGUAAACAUUUUUACAGAUCAUCAACCAUUAGUUUCAGUUUUAAAGAAAGAGAUCAAUAAAAUACCUAAUAACAGACUGAGAAGAUUGAGGGUUAAACUAUUAAUAUAUAACAUACAUCUAGAAUACCUGCCUGGGAAGUAUAUGUACGUUGCAGAUUUUUUAAGUCGCAAUUACAUCAAAAGAGAAGAAAAAAGUGAAGAGAUUAUGAAUGAUAUUGUACAUACAUUGGGUGAACUUGAAAUUAAAUUUGAAAAUAAUAAGGAAACUGAGUUUAGGUUAGCUACAUUAAAUGAUGAGGUUUUAAAUCAAAUAAUUGGCUAUUUAAAAAAUGGGUGGCCUAAAAAAUGUACUUCAAGAGAAGAACUAAAACAUUAUUACAAAUUAAAAAAUGAAAUUAUGUUAGAAAAUGAAAUGUUAUAUUGGGGAAUGAGAUUAAUAGUACCUAAGACAAACGUGGGACCUAUUCUGCUGUGCAUGAACUCAUACAAAGACAUCGGUAACCCUAUGACGCUCACCAGUAUGAGAGGCGCCACGCUAGACUUCAAGUUGCACAAGGUCAUUCUGGACGCGGUCAGACAGCAGACCGAAUCCGGAUAUCCGCAGGCCAUCAUACUUUCUGGUGUUAGUGGUUCCGGUAAGACGUACGCUUCGAUGUUGCUGUUAAGACAGUUGUUCGACGUGGCCGGAGGUGGACCCGAAACGGAUGCUUUCAAACAUCUGGCCGCCGCGUUCACAGUUCUUAGGUCAUUGGGAUCCGCCAAGACGUCUUCAAACUCGGAAUCCAGUCGAAUCGGUCAUUUUAUCGAAGUACAGGUGACCGACGGUGCUCUGUAUAGGACUAAGAUACACUGUUAUUUCUUGGACCAGACCCGAGUAGUGCAUCCGCUGCCAAACGAAAAGAACUAUCAUAUAUUUUACCAGAUGUUGGCCGGCCUAUCUCAGGAAGAAAGAGUGAAAUUAAACUUGGAAGGAUAUUCGCCGACUAACCUCCAGUACCUGAUGCAGGGCGACACUAGACAGGACGAAGCCGAGGACGCAAUAAGAUUUCAGUCAUGGAAGUCGUGCCUAGGUCUCCUCGGCAUUCCGUUCAUGGACGUGGUGAGAGUUCUGGCCGCGGUACUGCUUUUAGGCAACGUCAAUUUCGCAGACAACGGGUCUGGCGAGGUGGUGGCCAAAGGUGAGACCGAAUUGGCGUCAGUGGCCCGGCUACUGGGCAUCACGUUCUCGUCGCUCUUCCGUGGCAUCACCACCAGGACACAUUCCGAAACUACUCGGGGGAACACCCAACUGAUAAAAACCACUUGCGACGCCAACACAGCCAAUUCGAUAAGAGACUCUCUGGCUAAGGCGUUGUACUGCAGGACCGUGGCGACCAUCGUGCGCAGGGCGAACAGUCUGAAACGAUUGGGUUCGACGUUGGGCACGUUGAGUAGCGACUCCAACGAUUCGGUUCAUAACCAGGCCGAGGUGGCUAGUCAGCACGCGUCCACCAUCGGCACGGCCGGUUCCAAGUCGAGCAAGUCGAUGGCCGCUCUCAAUAACGCCGUAAACAUCGCUAGGCACGCCACGGACGGGUCCAUCGGAAUCUUGGACAUGUUCGGGUUCGAAGAGCCAAAGCCUAGUCAACUCGAACACCUGUGCAUCAACCUUUGCGCCGAGACGAUGCAGCAUUUCUACAAUACUCACAUAUUCAAAUCCAGCAUUGAAUCCUGUCGCGACGAGGGGAUACACUGCGAUGUGGAAGUCGAUUACGUCGACAACGUCCCCUGCAUCGAUCUCAUAUCGUCGUUGAGAACCGGCCUGUUGAGUAUGUUGGACGUCGAAUGUUCCAUCAACGGAUCCGUUGAGCUGUAUUUGAGAAAAGUGAAAUCUCAGCACAGAAACAACCCAAGACUUUUUGAACCCAAGUCCGUGGACCAGAGAUCAUUCGGUAUACAACAUUUCGCCGGCAGGGUCGUGUACGACGCUUCGGAUUUCCUAGAAACUAACAAAGACGUAGUGCCGGACGAUUUAGUGUCCGUUUUCCACAAACAGUCGUGUUCGUUCGGUUUCGCCACGCACCUGUUCGGGAGCGAGCUGAAAGCGUUGUACAGCAUAGAAACAGUACCAAGAGGAAUAAAAUUUCGAAUAUCACCUACUUCGCAUUCCGAUCUUUUAAACGGCAACGAGCCCGUGUCGACGUUGACUCAAGACUUCCACACGAGGCUGGACAACUUGCUAAGAUCGCUGGUACAUGCCCGGCCACACUUCGUACGUUGUAUCAAGGCAAACUCAACUGAGACCCCAGACAAGUUCGACAGAGCGGUAGUCAUGCGACAGAUACGGUCGUUGCAAGUUCUGGAAACAGUCAAUCUGAUGGCGGGAGGCUAUCCGCAUCGGAUGCGGUACAAGGCGUUUAAUCUGAGGUAUAAAAUGCUUGCACCUUUCAACAAACUCUUGCGGACAGACGACCGAGCGACCGAAGACUGCCACCUGAUAUUGCAAUGCAUCGAGAACAAAAUUGACACGAAGCAGAGCGAAGUGAGCAUGAGUUGGGCUUUUGGCAAGAGACACGUCUUCCUCAGCGAGGGCGUAAGGCAACAUCUGGAAAAACUCCGAUGGCAGACUCGUCAUAAUGCGGCUGUACUGAUACAAUGCACUUGGAGGAGCUGGAGGACCAGAAGAAAAUGGCCGGGCACCAAACGAGUCAUGAUGCAAAUGCAACAAGUGUCCAACCCGAUUGUACAGUGUCUUAACAACAAAAUGGGUAUGGGUGGAAGGAAAAUGACUUCUGGUAGUCAAGUUCCAAAUACCGGAAUAACCAACAGCGGCCCAGCGACUUUGACUAGACCCAGGCCACAACCCAUCACUGGAACACCUCCUCCUGAUCAAAUUGAGAAGUUCGAUCAGAAAAUAAUACAGACUUGUAACCUAUUUGGGUUGAAUCUGGAAAGACCUCCGCCGUUACCUCCAAGUCGGUCGUAUACGAUAUCCGGUAAUACGAAAAUGGGAUAUCCGCAAAGCCGUAUCAUGAAAAAAUCUUUUCCUGAAGAAGGAAACUGUGACGUCACGCUGAUAAAAGGCGACGCUGUCAUUGUGGUAGGUACGUCCAACAGGAGAGGACACCUGGUCGUCGAGCACUGUAACAGAAGUCUGGAAGUGCCAUUCCAAUUUUUGGAGCUGAAACCAAGGCCCGUCGCUAUCUAA